UGCCAAAACAUUUUCUGUGUUUGGAUCGCAUACCUGUUUUUGCAUAGGUUUCUUUGUGAUUGCAGGAUGCUGGUGUUGCAUGGGCUGAAACUCGGCUAUGGGCUUGCAAAAAUAAAAUCUUCAGCAGAAAUGUCCAACCUUGUUAGUGAUUUCUUAGGGCAGCCACAGGAUCGCAGACAAAACUCAGGAGCUGUGACUAGUAACUGCCUGCGCAGAGUCAGGAUCAUAGAUAAUAGUUGAUUAUUGAAUUAAAUUGUAUGGACUUCUUAACUGAUAAAACAACUGCAGAGAGUGUUUGUUUGGGUUUUGGGUUUUUUUUCCACAGUCUCCACAUUAAACAUGGAGUGCCCUUUCCAAAUAUCUUAACAUAUUUCUUUUUGAGUUGUCUCUGGAAAUUUUACUACAAGUAAAGCCAAUUUUGGUCUAUGCUACACACUUGAAAAAUGCUCUGAGAGUACACUUCUUAACAACAUUUUUUUGUCACUCUAUUUGCAGGUGAAAAUUUGUCUGGUUCACUCAAAUUAGCAUUGUUUUAACCAUCCUGUAGAAGACGAAUAUGAUGCCAAACAGAAGUAACCUCUCCUCCUUUCAGAAUGUUGGAUCAGAUUCCAGUAAGAUUAUGGCAGAGUAUAGCCACACACAAACCCAGAUGGAAUUACAAAAUGCUAGUUUGGGAAAGGGUUCUGUGGUGAAUUCCCUUGAAAAUGGUCUCCAGGAUAUUAUGGAAAACCUCAACCCGAAGAAAUAUUCAUCAAGUCUCAAAUUUAAAACAAAUGGGGACUAUGCUGGCUCAUAUUUAACCCUUUCACAACCUAUGCCAGUUAAACCUAAUCCUUCCUCCAGUGUUAAAAAUACACACUCUGUUACCAAAAUUCAAGGAAGCAAGCAGUUCCCCUGUGAAAGCCCUUAUCUUCCAGAUAAAAGCAUCUCUGUAAAGCAUUUGGGUUCCAUAUCAGGCAUGUCUUCAUCCCUCAGUGGGUACAAUUUAGGAAGGACAGACUUUGAUAUUCAUGCCAGCAGAGAAAAUAUAAAAUCCCUUGGACAGAUGGAUAAGUUUCACUACUCGAAGUACAGUCAGAAAAACAAAUCAUAUGACAAUGUCUACUUCCCAGGAAUGCUGGAGACAAAGAAGAUCUCGGGCUCUCUUCUGACCAUGUGGAAUGGAAGCUCAGGGAAUGAGCUGAUGCUUUCACCUGCUAGCAAUUCGGGUGCAGCCAGCAUGCCUUCUAGCCCAAAGCAAGGCAGGAGGAUGAAUAUCGAAGACAACCUGGCCCUUCACAUAAAACCAGUUAAGCACAAGGAUGUGAUGAUGGAAGCUCUGGGUUCACGGCCUAGGAAAUAUUCUGGUGGAUCUCUAAGUCAUAUGGGAAUGUACAGUCGUUCCCUACCCAGACUUUAUAAAUCAACAGAAAGCCAGCUGGUGCCAUUAAGUUUGCCCCCCAGAAGCUCUCUGGGUAAUACUAAAAGGAAAAAACUUGGAGAAAAAGAUCUACCUCAGAAUAUUUUAGAUGCUGACAAUUACCUGAAUUUUUCUUCUUGCAGCUCAGGGGUUUCACCACAUGCAAACUCUGUCUCUGCGAAUAAUUCCUAUGCCAGUUCAACACUUAGUGUUCCUGCAAGCCCUCGAAUUGCUAAAAAAAUGCUUUUAGCACCUUCUUCCCCAUAUCUUCCUGAUGAUUUUGAUAGACUUGGACUCUCAGGAACAAGUCCCAGUAGUUCUUUCUCCCCAGUGGAUUUUGACAGGUCGUUCUCUGUCCGAAGAAACCUUUCCACCAGUUCUGUGGAACUGGAUGACCCAGAUCUGGAAAGUUACAGACAGACGCCAAACUCACUGCAAACGUCCAUGCGAGAGCGGAAGAACAGCAUUAGCUCCAUUUCGGGAAGAGAAGACCUCAUGGACUAUCACAGGAGGCAAAGGGAAGAGCGGCUUCGGGAGCAGGAGAUGGAACGGCUGGAACGACAGCGGCUGGAGACAAUCCUCAAUCUCUGUGCAGAAUACUCCAGAUCUGACAGCGACCCGGCUGCAGCUACAACAGUCGCUGAUGUUCAAAAAAUUAACAAAGAACUUGAAAAACUUCAGCUCUCUGAUGAGGAUUCGGUGUUCGAAGACUCCCAGAUGAAUCUGGAAACAAGGUUCAGAAGCCACUUGAAGUCAUCUGCAAGUGAUUCGGAUUUCUCAGAGCUGAGCAGCCACAGUCGUGGUACUGCUGCUCUCCUCUCCUCUAGAGGGUUGAGAGCCGAGGAGCACUUCAAUGAAAAUGCAAAGUCUCCGCCUUUCACUGCUCCUGGCUUCCUGAAGGAUGCCACCGAAUCAUCCUACCUGAGCAUCACACCAAAGAUAACAGAAUGCACAAGUGAUGAGCAAAGAGGGCAGGAGCUUGGUCGACUGGAGGAGGAGCGCAUAGUAAUACUAAAUAACUUGGAAGAACUUGAGCAGAAGAUCAAAGAUUUAAAUGACCAGAUGGAUGAAUCUUCAAGAGAGUUGGAUAUGGAAUGUGCCCUUUUGGAUGGGGAACAGAAAUCUGAAACAACAGAGCUGCUGAAAGAGAAGGAAAUAUUGGAUCAUCUCAACAGAAAAAUAGCUGAGCUGGAGAGAAAUGUUAUUGGUGAAAAGACAAAGGAAAAAUUAAAACUUGAUGCUGAGAGGGAAAAACUAGAGAGGCUUCAGGAGCUUUACUCCGAGCAGAAGACGCAGCUUGAUAAUUGCCCUGAGUCCAUGAGGGAACAAUUACAGCAGCAGCUGAAGAGGGAUGCUGAUCUUUUGGACAUAGAAAGCAAACACUUUGAAGAUUUGGAAUUUCAGCAGCUUGAACAUGAAAGCAGGUUAGAUGAAGAGAAAGAAAAUCUGACACAACAGCUCCUGCAUGAAGUGGCUGAAUAUCAGCGCAGCAUUGUCAGCAGAAAGGAAAAGAUAUCUGCUCUCAAAAAACAAGCCAAUCAUAUUGUCCAACAAGCACAAAGAGAACAAGAUCAUUUUGUAAAAGAGAAAAACAACUUAAUAAUGAUGCUGCAAAGAGAAAAAGAGAAUAUCUGUAAUCUGGAAAAGAAAUAUUCCACACUUUCCGGAGGAAAGGGAUUUCCUGUCAGUCCCAAUAGUCUAAAAGAGGGCUAUAUCAGUGUAAGUGAAAUUAGUGAGCUGUAUGGCAAUUCCACGAAUAUAUCCCCUUCCACUCAGCCCCCCACAGAUGCUGAAGCAGUUGCCACUGAGCCUUCCACGGCUGUGCUGACGAGCCAGCCACAAAAUAAAGAGCUAAGAUCACCUCUCUGUUCUGGAUUUGUGUUUCCUCACUCUCUUUCUCCUCGCUCUAUUGCUCAACUUCCAUCAGUCCAUUGGCCUGAGGUCAUGGCUACUCAUGUAGAUCCUAUUCCUUUAUCUGACACACCUCCACCUCUGCCAGCUAAGAAACACCGCAGGCAACAACAGCAUUUCAGAAAUCUGGAAGAGCGAAAGAAGCAGCACAGGGAAUGCAUGUACAUGAGUGAUACUUUACCUCGCAAGAAAACAACUCCGACUGUAUCACCGCACUUCAAUAGCUCUACGCUUGGACGAAACAUUGCAUCUAAAGGACAUCUACCAUUAGGACAGAGCAACAGCUGUGGGAGUGUCCUCCCUCACUGCCUGGCAACCAUGACCAAAGAGUCAGAGUCGAGAAGGAUGCACAAAGGGUAUAACCAUCAUCGUAUCUGUGAAAACCAAAGGCAGAAGUCUCCUGAAUUCUACAGCAGAACAGCAUCCGAAUCAAAUGUGUAUUUGAACAGUUUCCAUUACCCAGAUCGCAGUUACAAGGACCACACCUUUGAUACAUUAAGCUUAGACAGUUCUGACAGUAUGGAGACAAGCAUAUCAGCGUGCUCACCAGAUAACAUUUCCAGUGCUAGCACUUCGAAUGUUGCAAGAAUAGAAGAGAUGGAGCGACUUCUGAAACAAGCGCAUGCUGAGAAGACUAGGCUGCUUGAGACCAGGGAACGGGAGAUGGAAGCUAAAAAACGAGCUCUGGAGGAAGAGAAGCGCCGCAGAGAACAACUGGAGAAAAGAUUGGAAGAAGAAACUAGCCAGAGGCAAAAAUUAAUUGAAAAGGAAGUCAAAAUACGCGAGAAGCAAAGAGCACAGGCCCGUCCCUUGACUCGCUAUUUGCCCGUUAGGAAAGAAGACUUUGACCUACGAAGUCACAUUGAAACAGCUGGUCACAACAUAGAGACCUGUUACCAUGUCUCCCUCACAGAGAAGACCUGCCGAGGCUUUCUGAUUAAGAUGGGAGGAAAAAUUAAAACAUGGAAAAAACGGUGGUUUGUUUUUGACAGAAACAAGAGAACUUUUACUUAUUAUGCAGACAAACAUGAAACUAAGUUAAAAGGUGUAAUAUAUUUUCAAGCUAUCGAGGAAGUCUAUUAUGAUCAUCUAAAGAACGCAUACAAGAGUCCCAACCCGUUGCUCACUUUCAGUGUUAAGACACAUGACCGGAUAUACUAUAUGGUUGCUCCUUCGCCAGAAGCCAUGAGGAUAUGGAUGGAUGUUAUUGUUACAGGCGCAGAAGGCUACACCCACUUCAUGUUAUAAUAAAAGGGGGCAAUAGGGCAUACUGCAAUAACGUAACAUAUGAAGUUAGCCAUAUGUAAUGAAAUCUGAAAAGCCAGUGAAUACUUUGAAACAUCCUCCUUAUGAUGUGCACCUGAAACCUCAGAAUGAGAGGGGUUUACAAAUGCAUUGAAAAGGGGGGGGAGGGGUUUACUUCUUUUAGUUGAUC